CACGGUCCUAUAUUAUUGGAGAUCUUAGAUCAUAAUAUUAUACAAUGAUUGUACAUGAUCAAGUUAGGAACAGCACACGUUUUACCAAGGUAAAGGAUAGGGAGUUGCCUAUAACUAAGCACUUUCCUUGGUAAAUAAUCAAGGUGUAUUUAUAGAUAAUAUUAUCUAAAAACCUUGAUAAUAGCCAUAAAAUAUUUUUUAUUCCCAUAUAUAUUUUAAAUUUGUAAUAUUUGAACUACAUUUAACUACAUUUAAUUGUAAUAUUGCUUUACGAAUGGAAGAAAUUAAUGGAAAAUAAACCCUGAUUUGUUACGCAAAACCACGGGCGGUUAUUUAUUUCGCGUACCCUAUGUGCAGCAUGUUAAUAUGCGUCCGGUGUAGAUUUCCAGCAAGGCAACAAGCAAUAACGGUUCUUAUCAUUUGCGAACAAUUGCUGUUCAUCCACAGAUAUAUAAAACAACCGCAGACAUAUAAAUAACCACAGAUUAUAUAAUCUGUGAUUUAACUGAAAAUAAAACUGUAAUAGGUACCAAAUUAUCAAUGUGAUCUUUUUUUUUGACUCCGUUUAAUAGAGAGUUGCUGGAUCCAUCAACCGUAAGUUUAACUAUUAAUUGUAAUCCAUAAGUUUUACUUUCAAGUAAUUUAAUAUGUUGAGGUAGUUAUUUGACUGUAUUUGUCUACACAAUUUUGGUUAAUUUUGUUUAAAUAACAAUCACAACAUGAACAAAAGAAAAUAUCCAUAUGAUAUUGACAUGUGUCCACAACUUAAAAUACAUGUUGGUGAUAAACAGAUCGCCAAUGGGGUUUUGGGCCAGUCGAAAAUGUCUGAAAUAUACGGUAACUAUCAAGUAUAAAAAUUUCUUAGUACACAUAUUAAGUCAGUGUCAACAAUGUAAGGUGUUUUUUUUUUAGAAAAGACAAAACAGUUUUUGUUCCAAGGAGCUGCAAGUCAAGCACCUUUUGAAGAAAUGGUUCAGUCUGUUAUAAUUAAUGAAACUUUAUGUGACAGUAAACCAUCAAAACAAUUACAAUUAACUUUUGAUGGUAAACUAAUGUUCAAACCUGAUGUUCUAGUCAAAGUACAUAAAUUAUUUAUUUUUAAUAAAGAAUGGCUAAUGAAUGCAAUCUAGCUCCCAAGCGAUUUUUUCAAAUUUUUUUUUUCAAAAUGUGUGUUUUUGCAUGUUUAAUUUGAUGGUACCUUCAAAAAAAGUCGCUCAAACUUCAUUUGAAUUUUAUAGGUCAUAAUACUUUAAAAUGUUUAAUUUUUCUAAGAUUUGUGUUUUUGAGUAUAAAGUGCCAAAAAUGUAUAUUUUUAGACUUUUUUCAUUUGAUGUGUAAUAACAAAGAAGUUUUUGGUGAAAUCAGAUCUAAUAUUUUUUGGUUUGGAAGAAAUAGUGGACAAAUUUAUCUUUUUCUAAUUGAUACAUAAACAUCAUUAAAAAAAAUACAUCUAAUUUAUUUAACAUUAUUUUUUUUCUUUUACUUACUGAAGCCAAAAUAAAAAAACCCAAUGGGGGCAAAACUGAUUUGUAUGAUGAAAUUAAUACAACAAUUGUAACGUUAAAUUAGUGCCAAAGAAACAGCCCAUUGGCGUAUUCACUAAAAUAGAUCAUAAAUAUCAAAAGAAUAGUAUUUUUGAUUUCACCAAAAAUUUCUUUAUGUUAUUACACAACAAUCAAAAAAAAAAGUCCAAAAAAUUAAAUUUGAGCUACUUUAAUAUGCAAAUUAUUGAAAUAACAUUAUAAUUAGGUUUUACAAGGUUUAUUAACAAUAACAUAAAAAGUAAGUAUGAUAGGUGAAUUCUAAUUCCACCUAAAUAUUAAGCAUAUAAUUCCUAUCAUUUAUAAAAAAAAUUCCAAAAAUAUAAAUUUUUGUUAUUUUAAACUCUAAAACAUGAUUUUUAGAAAAAUCGAGCAUUUUAAAGUUUUUUGACCAUAACUUCCAAAUGAUGUGAGAACGACAUUUUUUAAAAAUACCAUCAAGUUUACACUCAAAAAUCACAUAUUGUGUGAAAAAAAUUUAAAAAAAUUGCUUGUAAGCUAAACUGCAUUUAUGCCAAGAAUGAUUUUUAUUGGUGAUUUUCAAAAUUGAACCGAACCAAAUCUACACAUUUUUGUUUGAUUCCAAACCGAACAUUAAAAAAGUCAAAAUAUUCUAAAUUAUGAUGUAUAAUUAUUGUAAAACGUCCAAUCUGUUUCAUUAUCUAGGGUUUUUCGUAACAAGGCCACCCUACUUUACCACGCGCAGUCAACCAUGUUGGUUAAUAAGCAUGAAAUGGUUUUUGACCCAAAUUAUAUGUUAUUUCGGUUUAGUUUGGUUCAAAAAUCAAAUAGUUUGUAACAUCUCUAGUUUUUAUUUAUUUAUUUUUUUUUUAUAUAGAACUUAAAUGUAUGUAAUGAAAUUCAACAAAAAUGUAGCUAUUGUUCUAAAAUUGAAAAAUUGGAUUUUUGUGACAUAUGUAAAGAUAUAUUUUGCAACAUGUGUUCGUUGUAAGUAUGAAAAAUUAAAAUUUACAUAAAUCAUAUUUGAGUAUAUUAAUUGGUGAUUAGUGAUUAUACUUUCUUUUAUGCCUACAUAUUUCUUUAUUUCUUUAUUUCUUUCUCAUAUUUCCUUAUUCUAAUAAAAUAUAUUUUUUUUUGUAGAUGCAGUGAUAAAGCAAACAGAAUAUGUUUAACUUGUUAUAAGUAAAACAAUUUAAAUUUUAAUAAAUACUGUUUAUUUAUGUUUUAAUUUGUAUUAUUAUGAUAAAUAUUUUGUUGAUUUAUACAUUUUGUAAAGAAAUGUUUAAUGUGAUGUGGAAAAGCAAUAUUUAUUUAAAUAAAUGAUUCAAUAUUCAAAUUUGUGAUAUUGCAGUUAAAUAUAGGUAAUAAAAUGUAGUCUGGAGUAUUAUUAGUUGUAUUUAUAUUUUGAUUUUAAAAAAACCUGCCUAUAUCUUUUAUUAU